AUGUCUGUGAAAUGGACUUCAGUAAUUCUGCUAAUACAACUGAGCUUUUACUUUAGCUCUGGGAGUUGUGGAAAGGUGCUGGUGUGGGCAGCAGAAUAUAGCCAUUGGAUGAAUAUGAAGACAAUCCUGGAAGAGCUUGUCCAGAGAGGUCAUGAGGUGACUGUACUGGCAUCUUCAGCUUCCAUUCUUUUUGAUCCCAACAACUCCUCCGCUCUUAAAAUUGAAGUUUUUCCUACAUCUUUACCUAAACCUGAGUUUCAGAAUUUAGUCACGCAAGAGAUUAAGAGAUGGUCAGACCUUCCAAAAGAUAUAUUUUGGUUAUAUUUUUCACAAAUGCAAGAAAUCAUGUGGAAGUUUGGUGACAUAUUUAGAGAGUUCUGUAAAGAUGUAGUUUCAAAUAAGAAAUUAAUGAAGAAACUACAAGAGUCAAGAUUUGACGUCGUUUUUGCAGAUCCUAUUUUUCCCUGUAGUGAGCUGCUGGCUGAGCUAUUUAACAUACCCCUUGUGUACAGUCUCCGCUUCACUCCUGGCUAUGGUUUUGAAAAGCAAUGUGGAGGAUUUCUUUUCCCUCCCUCCUAUGUACCUGUUAUUAUGUCAGAAUUAAGUGAUCAAAUGACUUUCAUGGAGAGGGUAAAAAAUAUGAUCUAUAUGCUUUAUUUUGAUUUUUGUUUCCAAAUGUAUGACAUGAAGAAGUGGGAUCAGUUUUAUAGUGAAGUUCUAGGAAGACCCAUUACACUAUCUGAGACAAUGGGGAAAGCUGACAUAUGGCUUAUUCGAAACUCCUGGAAUUUUCAGUUUCCACAUCCACUCUUACCAAAUGUUGAUUUUGUUGGAGGACUCCUCUGCAAACCUGCCAAACCCCUACCUAAGGAAAUGGAAGAGUUUGUACAGAGCUCUGGAGAAAAUGGUGUUGUGGUGUUUUCUCUGGGGUCAAUGGUCACUAACAUGAAAGAAGAAAGGGCCAACCUGACCUUUUACAUUAGCUCUGGGAGUUGUGGAAAGGUACUGGUGUGGCCCACAGAUUUCAGUCGUUGGAUGAAUAUAGAGACAAUCCUGGAUGAGCUUGUCCAGAGGGAAGCACAAGAAAUCAUCUGUACAUUUAAUGACAUAAUUAGAAAGUUCUGUAAGGAUGGAGUUUCAAAUAAGAAACUUAUGAAGAAACUACAAGAGUCAAAAUUUGAUGCUGUUCUUGCAGAUGCGAUUGUUCCCUUUGGCGAGCUGCUGACUGAGCUAUUUAACAUACCAUUUGCGUACAGUCUCCCCUUCUCUGCUGGCUGCACACUUGAAAAGCAUAGUGGAGGAUUUCUAUCUCCACCUUCCUACAUACCUGCUGUUAUGUCAGAAUUAAGUGACCAAAUGACUUUCAUGGAGAGGGUUCUGUGGAGAUUUGAUGGGAAUAGACCACAUGCGUUAGGACCCAGUACUCAGGUGUACAAGUGGAUACCCCAGAUUGACCUUCUUGGUCAUCCAGAAACCAGUGCUUUUUUUACUCAUGAUGGAUCCAAUGGCAACGAGGUGAUCUACCAUGGGAUCCCUAUGGUGGGCAUUCCAUUGCAUGAGGAGGAUCAACCUGAUAACAUUACACAAAUGAAGGCCAGGGCAACAGCUAUUAGAUUGAACUUCAACACAGUGUCAAGUACAGACUUGUUCAAUGCACUGAAGACAGUAAUUAAUGACCCUUUAUAUAAAGAGAACACUAUGAAGUUAUCAACAAUUUGUCAUGAUCAACCAGUAAAGGGGGCAGUCUUCUGUUUUGAAUUUAUCACGCACCAUAAAGGAACCAAGCACCCUCAGCUUGCAGCCCACAACCUCACUUCGUUCCGGUACCACUCUUUGGAUGUGAUUGGGUUCCUGCUGGCCUGUGUGGCAACUGUGAUAUUUACCAUCAUAAAAUGUUGUGUGUUUUAUGUCUGGAAAUUUGCUAGAACUGGAAAGAAGGGAUAA